UAAGUUUCCUUUCCGCGGAAGCGUGGCGAGGAGGGGGCCGGGGAGAGUCCCCGUUUCGCCCCAGUUCCUCAAGUCACGCCCUCAGUCCGGAGCUGCGUUUCGUUUCUCGGCCGCCGCGCCAGGAGCCCUCCCCGCCCCCGCCCCUCCUUCCCCUUCUGGCGGCCCCUCCGCCGGCCCUCGGCCCUCCCGCUCCGCUCGCUCAGCCCGCGCCGCCGCCGCCGUCGAGGAGGAGAAGGACGAGAAGGAUGCAGUCCGCUCCGCAGCCCGUCAGCUUCAGCAUGCAGCCCGACGACGCGAAGGACCGGGGCAUGUCCGCGCCCCCCUACACCACCUACCCGGUGGCCGCCACCGCCGCCUUCCCCGCGCGGCAGCCUCGGGACUACGUGACCUGGUCGCUCUUCAACUUCGCCUUCCUGAACGCCUGUUGCCUCGGCUUCAUGGCCCUCGUCUUCUCCUUCAAGGCAAGGGAUCGGAAAGUUGUUGGAGACGUUGAAGGUGCAGCCAGCUAUGGCCAUACAGCCAAGAGUCUGAAUAUUGCUGCACUGUUACUGAGCAUCCUGUUCGUCGUCCUCUUCAUCGUGCUGCUUGCUACUGGUGUAAUAGCUAUGCAACAGCUAACGUACCAGAUGGAAAAUGAGCACCGCGACUACUUCCAGAGGAAUGGCAAAUAAGUCAUGAAUCCAGGAUUUUUCCCCCAGUGUUCGUGUCAUCCUCCAUAGUAAUGGGCUGUGCUUCCUUCUGCUCUGAUAGUACCUGUCCUGCUCUUUCAGUUGCAAAGAAUAAGGCAUUCCACAAUAAAGCUAGAAUUGCUUGCACUUCUCGAAACCCAGAGGUUUAUGCUCUUCCCUAGAGAGCAUAUGUCCUGAGCCUAUUGCUUGCCUAUGAAGGCUCAAAAGGAAGCGGGGGCCGAUCAGUCUGCAGAAGGAAGAUAUCCUAUGAGAGCGAGGAUUCCUUUGUCAUGGGAUGUGGCUCGGUGCCCUUCCAGUUCCUGUUGCUGACAAGUUUAUCUCUUAAAAAUAUAUUGCAGAGCUUUUGUGUAUCGAAAUGAGAAGUCUGGGGUGGAUUUUGAACAAAUAAAUAUAUCUUUUGGGCGUUUUG